AUGACAAAGGUGCUCAUCAAGUGCUCGAACGACAAAAGGGUCAAUUUGGAGGUAGAUGUGGAUACGACGACAGUUUUGCAAUUGAAGGACCAGAUUGCAGGCGAGUUGGAAGACACGCCGGCGGGGAGCCAGAGACUCAUUUACGCCGGGCGCAUUCUCAAGGAUGGUGACUUCUUAUCGGCGUACCAGCCCCAGCAGGUAUGCCCGAUCUGGCCUCGAUGUUCGGCGGCAUGGGAGGAAUGGGAGGCAUGGGGGGGCAUGGGGGGCAUGCCCGGAAUGGCCGGAAUGCCUGGCAUGGACGGUCUCGGUGGCAUGUCGCCUGAGCAGAUGGAGCAGAUGUACUCGAACCCAAUGGUGCAGCAGAUGAUGGAACAGAUCUUCUCCAACCCUGAGGUUCUGCGGUCGAUGAUCGACAGCAACCCGAUGCUCCAGCAGCAGCUGACGCCCCAGAUGCGCGAGAUGCUCAACAACCCCGACUUCCUGCGCAUGGCCUCCAACCCCGAGUUCAUGCGCGCCGCUGCCCAGAUGCAGUCGGCCAUGCGCCGCCCGCAAGGAGCCGGGGCAGGAGCUGGAGCCGGAACCGGGGCUGGAGCCGGUUCUGGGCUGUACAACCCAUGGGCGUCGACCCCCAGCUCUGAUGCCGGUGCCGGUGCCGGCGCUGGUGCCAACAGCGGCAGCCAGCCGCCGGCCUUCAAUCCGUUUGCUGCGUUUAUGAACCCCGGCCAGCAGCUGGGGGCGCUGCCGGGCGCCCAGUCUGGGCAGGCCAACCAGUCGCCGCCCGAGGAGCGGUUCCGCGAGCAGCUGCAGCAGCUGCGAGACAUGGGAUUCGUCAACCCCGUGCAGAACAUUCGCGCUCUGAGUGUCACCGACGGAAACGUACAGGCUGCCGUCGAGUUCUUGCUCAGCAGCCCUGACCUUUAA